UGGACAGCCUUGCGUGCACCCAGGCUGGGCGGAGGGACUGCCAGGCCGGCCCCGCCCUGGCCCCGUGAUUGAUCAGCAAUGAUUACUGAGGCUUUAGUGGUCCUCUUGGAUGGGAAUUAAUGCUGGGAUGGAUAAAUAAUGCAUCGAGGCUUAUGUGGUCCAAGGCAAGCCGUCCGUCCGGAGCCAGGGGAGGGAGCCGAGGGAGCCUGGCGGGUGACGCGAGCGACCACCCGGACCCGAGCGAGCUGAGCAUGAGGGACCACUGGGCAAGGAAGAGCGAAGGGAAGUGGAUGACAGCAUGAUCGACCCUGCGAGUCUGGCAGGACGGCUGCGGGAACAUGCUGAGCCCAAAGAUCAGGCAGGCCAGGAGGGCCCGCUCCAAAAGCCUGGUGAUGGGGGAGCAGAGCCGGAGCUCUGGACGGCCACUGUGCCCACACAGGCCAGGCCCUGUGCUGAAGGCGGGCUGGUUGAAGAAGCAGAGAAGCAUCAUGAAGAACUGGCAGCAGCGCUGGUUUGUGCUACGUGGGGAUCAGCUUUUCUACUACAAGGACAAAGAUGAGACCAAGCCCCAGGGAUUUAUUUCUCUACAAGGGACCCGGGUGACCGAACUCCUUCCAGGCCCCGAGGACCCGGGGAAGCACCUCUUUGAGAUCAGCCCAGGUGGUGCCAGGGAGAGGGAGAAGGUGCCAGCCAACCCAGAGGCGCUCCUGCUUAUGGCCAGCUCCCAGCGAGACAUGGAGGACUGGGUGCAGGCCAUCCGCCGGGUCAUCUGGGCCCCGCUUGGCGGAGGGAUCUUUGGGCAGCGCCUGGAGGACACAGUCCACUACGAGCGGAAGUAUGGCCCCCGCCUGGCCCCUCUGCUGGUGGAGCAGUGUGUGGACUUCAUCCGGGAGCGUGGGCUCACCGAAGAGGGGCUCUUCCGCAUGCCGGGCCAGGCCAACCUGGUGAGGGACCUGCAGGAUUCCUUCGAUUGUGGGGAGAAGCCACUGUUUGACAGCACAACAGAUGUGCACACGGUGGCCUCUCUGCUGAAGCUCUACCUUCGGGAGCUCCCUGAGCCCGUGGUCCCCUUCGCCAGGUAUGAGGACUUCCUCAGCUGCGCCCAGCUGCUCACCAAGGACGAGGGGGAGGGGACUCUGGAAUUGGCUAAACAAGUGAGCAAUCUUCCUCAGGCCAAUUACAAUCUGCUCAGAUAUAUCUGCAAGUUUCUGGAUGAAGUUCAGUCCCACUCAAACGUCAACAAAAUGAGUGUCCAGAACCUGGCAACUGUUUUUGGACCUAACAUACUACGGCCACAAAUAGAGGACCCAGUGACCAUCAUGGAAGGCACUUCCCUAGUGCAGCACCUGAUGACCGUCCUCAUCCGCAAACACAGCCAACUCUUCACUGCCAUGGCCCCAGAAGCACCUGCCUCCCCGCGAGGGGGCCCGAAGUGCACGGUGGGAUGGGGCUCCGAAGAGCUCCCUCGGAACAGCCAGGGAGACCCCGGCAGCCCUGGCCUGCUGGCACACAGGACCUCGUCCCUGGACGGGGCCGCUGUGGCUGUGCUUUCCAGACCCUCACCCGCGGGGCUGGGGGGCAGGUGCAGCCCCACCGCUGCCACCAGCCCUGCUGCCACCAGCCCCGGGAAGAAGGGGCAGACCCUGCCCCACUGGAAGUCUUCCUUCCGGCAGCCGGGGUCUCGCUCGGGGAGCCCCAAGGGGGGCGGCUCAUCCCUGGAGGUACCCAUCAUCUCCGGAGGGAACUGGCUCAUGAACGGGCUAUCCUCCCUGCGCGGCCACCGGCGGGCCUCGUCCGGCGACCGGCUCAAGGACUCGGGCUCUGCGCAGAGACUCUCCACCUACGACAACGUGCCCCCACCUGGCCCUGCGCCCAGCACCCCCAGUGCAGCCAGCACGGCGUGGUCGGGGGCCUCGUCAGGAGAGGUGUCGGUGGGGGCCUCGCUCAGCAGCUGCACCGCCUGCCGCGCCAGCGACUCCUCCACCCGCAGCUCCCUGCACGCCGACUGGGCCCUGGAGCCAUCCCCGUUACCCAGCAGCAGCGACGACCGCAGGUCCCCUGACCUCGGCCACACCUUGGACGAGGCGGUCAUCAGCAGCAGCGAGCCCAGCGAGCUGGGCAGCCCCGGACGCGAGGGGGCGCGCCGCUCGGAGGCCCUCCAGGGCCUGGUGGCCGAGCUCAGGGCGGAGCUGUGCCGCCAGAGGACUGAGUACGAAGCCAGUAUAAAAAGAAUUGAGGAAGGUAGUACUGACCUGAGAAGACAAAUGUCCCGGUUAGAAGAAGAACUGGACCAGGAAAAGAAGAAGUAUACCAUGCUGGAGAUAAAGCUGCGGAAUUCUGAGCGGGCACGGGAGGAUGCCGAGAGGAGGAACCAGCUGUUGCAGAGGGAGAUGGAGGAGUUUUUUUCAACCCUGGGAAGCUUGACUGUAGGGACAAAAGGUGCCAGGGCUCCAAAGUAA